UGCGUGCUGGAGAAACUGCUUGAAAUCAACAUAAGCUACGCGUGCGGCUAGGGUAGACGGGUAAAGCCACACUCAACAUGCUCAAUGCUGUAUUAGUGUUCUGUGCAGUCGUUUUGCUGUUCGUGUACUUGCUGGUGAAGAACUACGACGACGACUCCGUGAUCAGCAGCAGCACGGCAGAGGAAGGCAGAAAAACCAAAGACUGGUCCAAGCGGAGGAAAAGGAAGGGUAAAGCAGCAGCAGGCAAGAAGAGCAAGGCCGUGCCUGCUGCUGCAUCAUCGGCAGCAGCAGGCCGCGCUGGCGAGGACGGAUCUUCUCGUAAUCGGCACGCCAAGCACCAACUGGACGCGCAGGAGUGGCCUGCCCUGGGAGGAACCAACCAACAAGAGGCUCAGGAGGAGGACGAAGAAGAAGAGGACCUCGCCGCCCUCCACACCGAACUGCUCAAGGCUGCAAGAAGUCAUGCCGGCGGUAGUAGCAGCGGUGACAAUAAGGGCGUGGCCGGGAAAACAAUGGCAGCAGGGGAUGGCCGAGGGGGUGCCCGUCGAAAUGGCGGGCGAAUCGGCGUGGGGGAUAGGGUGGAGGGUCGGUUUGAGGCAGGCUCGGAGUGGUUUCCUGCCGUCGUCACCAAGUUGUUGCACGGAGGAUUCGUAAAUCUGUUGUACGACGACGGCGAGAGAGAGACAAGGGUACCGCUCGCCCUCGUACGACCCCGCGGCACGACGGCGGCAAUGACGGUGGACUCCGACUCAGGCGACAGCAGCGAUGAAGGGGCAGACGCGCCCCGCCUACCCACGGCCCAACAACGCUCAAAGCAAGCCGAUGGAUGGGAGGUGAUGGUUCAAAAACCAAAGAAGACGCGAGUGGAGCGCGUGGAGUCGCGCAUCGAGGCAAAUUCCAACCUGAAGAACAGGUUGAAACGGCAAAAGAAGCGCGAAAAGGAACUCGCCGCGAGAGAGGCGUUACGGAAAAAGCUCUAGAACAAGACUGGAGACUGUCUCCGGUCCUUGCGGCGUAAAUGGUGUCGCAGCGGAAUUUCUAAUGCGUAAGAGAGCUUGUGUUUCUCUGAGGAAUAUCCCUGUGGGCCGUGUUUCAUGAGCAAGCGUGAGAUGUGGCGGGAAGAGGGAGAUUUCCUCUUUUUGCACGAGCCAUGCGUAUCACUUAGCACAAGAAGAGCUACGCGACAAUUGAUAACCGUCGACGGAAAUAAUCUGGCGAUUGCCGAGCGGUAUGCCGUAAGUUUUCCGCGUUCCUUCCUCGUGGACGGUGAGCGGUGUCCGUUUCGCGGGAAACGAUUGGACCCGCGGGAGGGUUAGAUACGGCGUGUGUUUCGGCGGUUCUUCGGGAUGGUUAAUGGUUUGUGCCGUCGAUGCUCGGCUUCAUGUUGCUUCUGUCGCUGUGCUUGCUAAACGAAAAUAUGUAUUUUGAGAGCUAUGCAUAUGCAUGCAUUCUACGACCAAGAGUUUCGGGUCCUACUGCCAUACAUCACGAUCAAAGUAGUAGGUGGCGGGUCCUGCCAAGCUUCACUUGACUCAUGUUAUUUAUGUGACGACUCUUCACUAGCACCCACCCGUAAUAAUGCACCAACCAGUGUCUUC